AUGCUGAAAUGGGUGGUUACGCGUGGUCCAAGUGAUGUUGGACCAUAUGCGUCAACAGCUGCUCCACAAAUGAAUUGCUUAUGCAACAAAGAAAAUCACUGCGAAGAAUAUAUCGAAAUCGAAAAUAACAACUCGUAUGCUUUCAACGAAUUGGGAAAUUACUUCAGCCCAAGAAAAUGUCUACUAUCCUCUGGUCCUCUCGAACGGACUGCUACGAGGGAUUGCACCUGUUUGAAGAAUGUCUACUAUCAAAACGAAACAACCGGGUCCGGUGCUCGAAAGAAGUUGACGUUAAUGUCCAACACAACACCACUAUCAUCCAAAAAUGCCUCCAUCGAACGCACCCGAAAGCUACGAACUCGUCGUGAGCGCAACAAAACUCUAGUCAAGCGGCUGUCCAGCGCUAUAAUCAGAAAUGACUCGUAUACUUCCUCCGUAACCAGUAGCCCUGCUGCCGAGCAGCUCGAUGCAGAUCUGUUGCAAACUUACCUCAACUCCAACCGGUUAUUCAAUGAACGUGAAGUCAAAAGUCCCGACGAACCCAGCCCACUAGAAUCCGGCAGAUUGUUCCGACAGAGAGUGGUUCGCAGAAAGCACAGUAAAACCACCAAAUCCAUCGGUCAACUUCAGCUCGAUCCGAACGAAAGUGCCAACAUUUUCAACUGUUUCGUGUUCCGGGAGCUGUCCCAGGAAAUGUUUGAAUAG